UCUUAGAAACCGGACUCUGUCAGAGAACUCUCAGAUAAAAACCCGCCAAAAUCCCGACUUCAAGGUUCAAAGUUCAAAUUCAACCCAUGAUCGCGAUCUCCAAACGCAUAUGAAGGCGCUUCAUCUUCUAACCCAGUUUAGGAAGCCAAGUCCCUCGCUAUUGUUCUCGCAAAGGCUCGCCCUUUUAUCUUCAUCUUCAGCCGCUAACCCUAGGGUUUCAAAUUCCUUUUCCGACGACGACCGAGAAGGCAGCCGCGUUUAUCGGCGCGCACUCAAGUUCCAGCGUCCAACGACAAUAACAUGGCGUCGUCGGGAAGAGAGUCUGGGCAACUCUGAUAGCUUUAUUGGCACUGUAUGGCAUCCUUGGCAAGAGAAUCUGGGCAACUCUACUAGCUUUAUCGGCACUGUAUGGCAUCCUUGGCAAGAGAAUCUGGGCAACUCUGCUAGCUUUAUCGGCACUGUAUGGCAUCCUUGGCAAGAGAAUCUGGGCAACUCUGCUAGCUUUAUCGGCACUGUGAUUCGCCCCCUUCGGGUCGUAAACAACAACGACCGUGGUCCGUUUGGCGUUCACACUGUUCUUUGCGUCAAAAACUCCCCUCAAUCUGACAGCAAUUUUAGGAUACUACUGAUGAUGUGGGGCGAGAUGGCAGAAUUGUCUUUCAAACAUUUGAAACAGAAUGAUUUUAUUUAUGUCUCAGGUUGUUUAGGUUCUUACACAAAGGCGGAUCAGAAUGGGGAUUCCAGACUGCAUCACCAGUUAGUAGUGCAGGAGUUGAAUUAUGUAGCACAACAUGGACAAGGAUCAAGCUCCAAAACUUAUGAGGAACCACAAUCUGAUGGAGGUGGAGCUGUUUCAGAGAAGUAUAAGGAUCGCCUUCACUUGUGGCAAGUGUUUUUUGCCAAUCCGUAUGAAUGGUGGGAUAACAGGGAAGACAAGUUGAAUCCAAGGCAACCAGAUUUUAAGCACAAGGAUACUGGUGAAGCUCUCUGGCUGUCGCCAGGUGAUCCUCCAUGGAUUAAAAGACAACUCGAAUUGCUUGACACGAGAAUGGCAGAACAAGGGCACGGCCAAAAACAUUUCCGUGUCUCCAAGUGGGAGUAUGAUGAGUAGGUGCAGGCUACAAAAGGAAUGGAUUGUGGUGUUGGAGCCUUGCUGCCAUCUACUGGAAACAAGAAAAAAAUGGAAUUGGUCAUAAAACAGGUUAGAGGUUAAGCAUGAUAUAUGAGCAAUUUAAAUACAUCAAAUAUUUGAUGGGGAAAAAAGGAAGAAGAGUAAGAAAGUGAAGAAGAAGGUUUGCGCACAAGUGGGUUUGUUGAUUGACAUGGAUCGCUACCGUCUGAGGUCCAUCGGUCAAGGGUGUAGACAAUUGUAAACGAUUGUGUUCUGUAAAGCUCUUAACAAAGACAUAUUUGCAUACGAAAAUUCGGAAUGUAUAGAAGUCCUUGUAAUUCUUUUCUUUUCAAAAGCUUAUGGUAUUAUAACGAGCA